GAAGCCUCUACCGUUGACUUAGCGAAAGAAAACUUCAUAGUAGCUCGACAAGUUUUCUUCCGAGAGUAUUGGACAAAACGCUACUUUUUGUGUUAUGUAACGGUAAUUUUUUUUUUUUUAUCUUCCGACGUGACCGGGUGACACAGCUAGUUUGGGCCUGUCCAGUUAACGUUGGGCUAGUUGGGAGGUAACGUCGUUAACGUUACACCAAACUGUACAAUGCAUACCGCCGGUAUGCUAGCGUCAAACGGAUCAAUAAUGGACUUGGACUCGGAGUUGGUGAAAAUAAAAGCACACUACCGUGGGGACAUGUUAAUCGUAGACUUGGCAGCCACGGUAAACUUUGUGGAGUUGCGUGAAGAGGUGAGAAAGAUGUGCAGCGUUGCCAAGCAGCAGCCCAUCACGCUCAAAUGGAUCGAUGAUGAAGGGGACCCUUGUACCAUCUCGUCCCAGAUGGAGCUGGAGGAGGCUUUUCGUAUUUACAAUCGAACCAAGAGGUCUGGACUACUACUGCAUGUCUUCCCCAGUAUCCCGGAGCGGCCUGGCAUGCCCUGCCCUGGAGAGGACAAAUCGAUCUAUCGCCGCGGGGCCAGAAGAUGGAGGAAACUCUACCGAGUCAACGGACACCUCUUCCAGGCCAAGCGCUUUAACAGGAAAGCCUACUGUGGCCACUGUAGUGAAAGGAUAUGGGGGCUGGGCAGGCAGGGCUACAAGUGUAUCAACUGCAAACUGCUGGUCCAUAAGCGCUGUCACAGACUCAUCCCUCAGACCUGCCAAAGGCUUAUGGAUCCAGUCAUGCCAUCACAGGAGCCCCCUUCAGAUGCCAAGAGUGAAGAAGUGGACCUUCCACCAGAUGACACAGAGGACACCGACGGAAUAUCUUUUUUACCACACAACUGUUCCUUGGAUAAAACAGAAGACGCAGAGACAGAGGACAUUAAAGCAGUGGUGGAUGGCAUCGACGGCAUUAAGCUGUCCCAGGACAUGGCUCUGGGCCUGGGGGACUUUGACCUGAUCCGAGUGAUCGGGCGCGGCAGCUACGCCAAGGUGCUGCUGGUUCGGCUAAAGAAGAACAAGCAGGUGUACGCCAUGAAGGUGGUGAAGAAGGAGCUGGUCCAUGACGAUGAGGAUAUCGACUGGGUGCAGACAGAGAAGCAUGUGUUUGAGCAGGCGUCCACCAAUCCAUUCUUAGUAGGCCUCCACUCCUGUUUCCAGACAGAAAGUCGGUUAUUUCUGGUGAUUGAAUAUGUUAACGGCGGGGACUUGAUGUUUCAUAUGCAACGACAAAGGAAGCUCCCUGAAGAACAUGCAAGAUUUUAUGCUGCUGAAAUCUGUAUCGCUCUGAACUUCCUGCAUGAAAAGGGCAUCAUCUACCGAGAUCUGAAGCUGGACAACGUUCUCCUGGAUCACGAGGGACACAUCAAGCUCACAGACUACGGCAUGUGCAAGGAGGGGAUCAGACCAGGUGACACCACGAGUACCUUCUGUGGAACGCCCAACUACAUUGCACCUGAGAUCCUCCGAGGAGAGGACUACGGCUUCAGUGUGGACUGGUGGGCUCUGGGCGUGCUGAUGUUUGAGAUGAUGGCUGGGCGGUCACCGUUUGACAUUAUCACCGACAAUCCUGACAUGAACACAGAGGAGUACCUUUUUCAAGUUAUUCUUGAGAAGCCCAUUCGCAUCCCAAGGUCUCUGUCAGUGAAAGCUGCCAGCGUGCUCAAAGGCUUUCUAAACAAGGAUCCCAAGGAGCGGCUGGGUUGCCAGGUCCAGACGGGCUUCACAGAUAUCAAGGCACACACAUUUUUCCGCAAUAUAGACUGGGACCAGCUGGACAAGAAAGAGAUGACACCGCCCUUCAAACCUCAAAUCACUGAUGACUACGGCCUCGAAAACUUUGACACGCAGUUUACUAAUGAACCAGUGCAGCUAACACCAGAUGAUGAGGACGUCAUCAAGAGAAUAGACCAGUCAGAGUUCGAGGGAUUUGAAUACAUCAACCCCCUGCUGCUAUCCACUGAGGAGUCUGUAUGAAGGGGAGACCAGCUUCCUCCUUUCGCCCACCUACUGUCUGUCCAAGCUGCCGUCUCAGCCAAAAAAACACUCGCAGGCCAACUCUGAAAGGCGAAGAGGGGGAAGAGUAAAGGGAGGACCCACUCACCCUCUGGACCUUUUUCAACACGGCAAAGCAAACUGGAGAACGGGAACGUUUCCUGCCUGGACCAUUCAGAUAGUUUUGUUGGAAUACCAAACUCUUCUUUUCUUGGCAUCAAGGAAAACAAAGACACUGGACUUCAAGAACAUUCCCUGACGUUAUGUUGCCUUCCCCUUUUCUUUUCUUUUCCCCCCUCCUUUGGCUUCAUUCCGUUCUCCUCUCUGAAUGUCCAUCCUCGUGUCAAAGCACGGUCGGCUUUGUGAUUUGAACGGAGAGCGGUUUCAUUCUGUGCCUGCCAUCACAAACGCAUUUCAACCCGUCUCACAUCCCUGGAUAAAUAUGACAGUUCUGCUGAAGAACUUGAAAUUUUAGAUGCACUUUUUAUUUUGUUAUUUUUUUUUUUUUUAU